UACAGACUUUCACCCACGGCCACUGUGCUCUAAUGACUGCGGAGGAUAACGGGUCGGCCACCGCUCAGAAUAUAGUGCCGCGCUGUUUAUAGUCGUCGGGGUCUACGUUCAUUUUCCAGGAAGCUGUUACCUCAGAGUGCCGAACCUUGUCGCAGGAGUAGAGCGCGUCUCUGUAAGCGCAAAUGUUGAGUUCCAGAAGUGACAGAACAGAACAGGGUGCAUGAAUAUCAGACUGAAAGUAAACCAGUACUAAAUUAAACCUAGCUGCUGCGGUGACAUAAGGAAGUUUCGUCUCACCCCCUUGGAAUACAUUGUGGAGCUUGUGGAGGUAUGGCGACCUUCAUCUUUCAUGCAAUUGUCCAAGGAGGAUGGAGUUUACAAGAGGACAUUACAGUAGGAAGCCUUCAACGGUGACUGGGUUGUGGGCAUAAGAAACAUGUGCGACGAGUCUGUCAGAAACAAGACAUACGUUUACAAUGAUGGGACUUCACGUUCACACACAACCAGACACAGCCACGGCACUUCCCCAACAGUCCCCCAGUUCCACUGGUGACAGGGGCUCCACGGAGUCUGUCCAAAAGAAGACCAGUGGGGGCAGCACGGGGGUGAUCCUGGACAUCAGCAACCUCAAGAUUGGUGACGGGGAGUCAGGGGUGCCCCCACUGCCUCCACGCUACAGAUUCAGGGACCUAUUGCUCGGAGACCAGUCCUUCCAGAGCGAAGACAGGGUUCAGGUGGAAUUUUAUGUAAAUGAAAACACCUUUAAGGAAAGGCUGAAGUUAUUUUUCAUCAAAAACCAAAGGUCAAGCCUGAGAAUACGGCUUUUGAACCUGUCCUUGAAGCUGCUGACAUGCCUUCUGUACAUAGUGAGGGUGUCUCUGGACGAUCCCACUGAGGUCACACGUGCAAGCAACAGCACGCACACGUACAACAUAACCGCUGAUCCUUCAGAUAUCAACUGGGCAUUAAUUAUCUGGGUAAACAGAAGAACACCUGUCUGGGCUAUUCAGGUGACAGUGGCCUUAAUUAGUUUCCUAGAGGCAAUGCUCCUCACAUAUCUAAGUUACAAGGGAAACAUCUGGGAGCAGAUGUUCCAGAUCUCCUUCAUGUUGGAAAUGAUGAACACAGUGCCAUUUAUAAUAACAAUCUUCUGGCCGCCAUUGAGAAAUAUAUUUGUCCCUGUGUUCCUCAACUGCUGGCUGGCCAAGUGCGCUUUGGAGAACAUGAUCAAUGACCUCCACCGUGCCAUACAGCGGACCCACUCUGCCAUGUUUAACCAGGUGCUCAUCCUCAUCUGCACCCUGCUCUGCCUGGUCUUCACCGGUGCCUGUGGAAUACAGCACCUGGAAAGAGCAGGGAAGAACCUGUCCUUGUUUGACUCGGUGUACUUCUGCAUCGUCACCUUCUCCACGGUGGGCUUCGGGGACGUCACCCCUCGCAUCUGGCCUUCCCAGCUGCUCGUGGUCAUCAUGAUCUGUGUUGCGCUGGUGGUCCUUCCCUUACAGUUUGAGGAGCUUGCCUAUCUGUGGAUGGAGCGUCAGAAGUCAGGGGGAAACUACAGCAGGCAUCGAGCCCAGACUGAGAAGCACGUGGUGCUGUGUGUCAGCUCACUCAAGAUCGACCUCCUCAUGGACUUCCUCAAUGAGUUCUACGCCCAUCCCAGACUGCAGGAUUACUACGUGGUCAUCCUGUGUCCCACGGAGAUGGACAUCCAGGUGCGGCGCGUGCUGCAGAUCCCCCUCUGGUCCCAGCGGGUCAUCUAUCUCCAGGGCUCCGCACUCAAAGACCAGGACCUGAUGAGAGCCAAGAUGGAUGAUGCGGAGGCAUGCUUUAUUCUCAGCAGCAGGAAUGAAGUGGAUCGCACGGCCGCCGAUCACCAGACCAUCCUGAGGGCCUGGGCUGUGAAGGACUUCGCCCCCAACUGUCCACUGUUUGUGCAGAUCCUCAAACCAGAGAACAAAUUCCAUGUGAAAUUUGCUGAUCACGUGGUGUGUGAAGAGGAGUUCAGAUACGCCAUGCUGGCCCUGAACUGUGUGUGUCCGGCCACGUCCACCCUGGUGACCCUCCUUGUUCACACAUCGCGGGGACAGGAGGGCCAGCUCUCUCCAGAGCAGUGGCAGAGGACAUACGGCCGUUGCUCGGGCAACGAGGUCUACCACAUCCGUCUGUGCGACAGCAAGUUCUUCGGGGAGUAUGACAGCAAGAGCUUCACUUACGCGUCGUUUCAUGCCCACAAAAAGUACGGUGUGUGUCUGAUCGGCGUCAAACGAGAGGAGAACAAAAGCAUCCUGCUGAACCCGGGCCCGCGCCACAUCAUGGCUGCCACCGACACCUGUUACUACAUUAACAUCACCAAGGAGGAGAACUCCGCCUUCAUCUUCAAGCAGGAAGAGAAGCACAACAAGGGCCUGGCGUCCGUGGGGCUGUACGACGCCCCCUCCCGCCUGCCCGUUCAGAGCAUCAUCGCCAGCAUGGGGACGGUUGCCAUAGACCUGCAGAACCCCGUGCCCCCGGAGGACAGCAACAAGCUGGGCGUGCCCACGGAGAAUGGCGCGGGCAGCCGGCGGCCAAGCAUCGCCCCGGUGCUGGAGAUCGCCGACUCCACGGCCAUCCUGCCCUGUGACCUCCUCACCGAUCCGCUGGAGGACGAGACGCCCCAACCAGACGAGGAGGGCCUGCCCAGUGCAGAAUAUGUGAAAGGAUAUCCACCCAAUUCGCCGUACAUUGGGAGCUCGCCAACCCUCUGCCACCUCCUACAUCAAAAGGCUCCAUUCUGUUGCUUGCGACUCGACAAGGGUUGCAAGCACAACAGCUUUGAAGACGCCAAAGCGUAUGGCUUUAAGAACAAGCUCAUAAUUGUGUCCGCCGAGACGGCAGGGAACGGCCUGUACAACUUCUUAGUCCCGCUGAGGGCUUAUUACCGGCCAAAGAAAGAGCUCAACCCCAUCGUGCUGCUCCUGGACAAUGCGCCUGAUAAUCACUUCCUGGAAGCCAUCUGUUGCUUUCCCAUGGUAUACUUCAUGGUUGGAAAUAUUGACAACCUGGAUAACCUGCUCCAGUGUGGGAUCAUCUACGCUGAUAACCUGGUGGUGGUGGACAAGGAGAGCACCAUGAGUGCAGAGGAGGACUACAUGGCCGACGCCAAGACUAUUGUCAAUGUGCAGACCAUGUUCAGGUUGUUUCCUAGUCUCAGUAUUAUCACUGAGCUCACCCAUCCGUCCAACAUGAGAUUCAUGCAGUUCAGAGCCAAAGACUGUUACUCGCUCGCCCUCUCCAAACUAGAGAAGAUAGAGCGUGAUAAAGGAUCAAACCUGGCCUUCAUGUUUCGUCUGCCAUUUGCUGCAGGAAGGGUGUUCAGUAUCAGCAUGUUGGACACACUCCUUUACCAGUCCUUUGUGAAAGACUACAUGAUCACCAUCGCCAGACUUCUCUUAGGGCUGGACACAACGCCAGGCUCUGGAUACCUCUGUAUGAUGAAGGUGACAGAGGAAGACCUUUGGAUCCGGACCUAUGGGAGAUUGUUCCAGAAGCUGUGCUCCACCAGUGCAGAGAUUCCUAUUGGGAUUUACCGCACCGAGUGCCACAUGUUUUCCUCCUCAGAGUCCCAAGUGUCCAUGAACAUGGAGGAGUGUGAGGAGUCGCGGGACCGCCGCGAGUCCUGGAAGGAGAAGCCGUCGCACCGCUACUCGAUGGGCAGCGACCAGUCGGACCACCCGCUGCUGCGCAAGAAGAGCAUGCAGUGGCGGCGGCUGGAGCGCCAAAGAGCACCAAACCCGAGCAGCCCGAAGAUCAGCCAGCAGCGCCUCAACAUGUACCGCCGCUCCGAGAGGCAGGAGCUGUCCGAGCUGGUCAAGAACCGCAUGAAGCACCUGGGCCUGCCCACCGUCGGAUACGAGGACGUAGCUAAUUUAACCGCAAGCGAUGUGAUGAAUCGUGUAAAUCUAGGAUAUUUGCAAGAUGAGAUGAACGAUCAGCAGAACACUCUCUCGUACGUGCUGAUCAACCCUGCGCCAGACACCAUCCUCGAGCUGAACGACAUUGUUUACAUAAUUCGCUCCGACCCAUUGGCGCACAUGCCCGAUGAUAUGCCGGCCGGGCAGCCGAGUGCCAAGGUUCACCAGGAGUACACCGCCGAGACUCGAGACGAGACCGACCUCUGAGCGUCGCCAGCAUCCCCCCCGACUGCCCGAGUCCCUGA